AUGGACUCAAGUGCCUUACGGCCUCUCGAUGAAUCACUACUCCGCGAACUCCCUCAACUCUCUCUCCGUAUCGCCCCUCUACGAGAACCAGUAUCCUCACGAACCCUAAGCGCCCCAUCGCCGCUCGAACCCAAUGCCAGUGGGGCACGGGACUCGAAUAAUGUCUCCAAUUCAACCAGCAAUAGUGGGAAGAUCCCUGCAAAUGCAAAAGCAGGCCUGCCCACAGUUACAGAAUUUCUGAAUGCUGCACGCAUUAAGAAAACUGAACUGUCUGCAGACUCUCAGUCAAAUGUGGAACGUCCUCCGAGGCCGAUACUUCCUGCUUUUGUGAAUCUGCGUGCCCUAGAAAAGUUUCCUUUCUCGUCAUCCUUCGACGAUGACGCCCUGCAAGGGCCCCGAAAGCGUCGACGCCGAGACCCACAGGCAGAUUCAUUCAGCGAGCAUCUACAAUUGCCUAUCCCCCAGUCCCAAAAGGAGCAACGGCCUCCUCCAUUUGGGCCAUUCGCUAUUUUGAAUGGAUUGAAUGAGCCUCCACCCAAUGCUGCCCUUCUUCCACCCAUUGAGGCUGGGUCUAAUAUCUCUCAGCUUUUGACUAAGCCCUCAGGAGGCGAUGCUCCUGUUGACCCUGGGGCGUUAGUUUCAGCUCAUGUCGCGACCUCAGAUGGCCAGCCUGCGGAAAAACGAGAUGAUAGACUCGAAGAAAUCGUCGGAACAUCUCUUAAUGUGGAUGAAGACAAUGACCAUACUGAUAAUAAUGAAAAUGUUGAAAGAACUAACCCAGUGGAUCCUACUGAGAUUAUCCCAGCUGUUAGUGAAGCAGAGAUAUCCAAUCCCAGCAAGGCAUUGCCACUUCCCCCUGGAGAAGAGGCGCCAAUGUCUCCUAAAACUCGCGGCCGGUCCCGUAAGAACAUGAGAAAGUGGACCGAAGAAGAGACGACUACUUUACUUCGAGGCGUGGUCAAAUGUGGGAUUGGCAACUGGACUGCUAUUUUAGCUCAACCAGAACUGGAGUUUAACCAGCGAACUGCCUCAAAUUUGAAAGACAGAUUCCGAGUCUUAUGUCCAUGGGCGUACCGCGCAUCCGAUCCUAACGAGGCUGCGAAACGACUUCAUGACACCCUCGCUAACGCCCUACUCAAAGCCAAAGCAGAGGGCUCUGACGAAAAACCCGGCAAAAUCCACCCCUCCCAGCUAAUGCCCUCCAAUAAACGCUCCAAGCCAAAGUCUGGAGCAGAAAGCCCGGGUUACAAUCCACAGGAACCCUCUAUCCCAAGUACCAUCUUAUCCACCCCCGACACAAAUCCGGGGUGUAAUAGCAUUCCCCAAGCGCAGUCGCCUUCUUCAGGGAAUAGCACACCCGCUCUUUCAAACAACCCCAAUACAACGCUAGCAUCUCUUGGAAUCCCCGAACCACACGUCACAAAAUCCAAACGUCGCUCUCGCCGACCCUUCACAACCGCCGAAGAUGAAGCCCUCCUCAAAGGCUACGCCGUGCACGGCUUCCAAUGGACCCUAAUUCAGCAAGAUGCACGAUUAAACCUAAGCCACCGCAAAGCGACAGACCUCCGCGACCGCUUCAGAACCAAGUUCCCACACGCCUAUCGCGAUGGUGGUUCUGUCAGCGGCAAAGCCCUUACCAACCAAAACCAGGCCCAGGAGUCCGCUGCAGGUGCGUCAACACCUCGCCCCCAUCCUACCAGCACCGAACAAUCUCCAAGCAAGGUCUAUGCCAUGACUCCAACCCCGACUCCGGCUACUUCCCGCAACUCAGUGUCGAGGAGUCGACACGCUACUACCCCUUCGCAGUCAAAUCUCGCCCAGAUUGACCCUGCGCUUUUGCCCCCACCUCCACAGGGAUUCUUGGAGCACUCGAUGUAUCUUCCUCCCGCUGCUUCGGGUGUGCUUGCUUUCUCUUUGGAGGAUGGUUCUGGGGCGGGCGGUUCUACGGUGGAGACACCGUGGGAAGAUAAUACCCUUGCUCCUAUGAUUUGGGAUGAAUUGACCUAA